GGCCAAGUGAAGUGAGUGAAGGUUGUUGUUGUUGUCGCAUUGUGGCGUGUGAAAGUCAUAGACGCUGACCGCAAGGCCAAGUACCUUAUUCUCUCCCUUCACCACUCCCGAGAACAGGUAACUCUCCACCGCAUCGACCGGCGCUGCUGACACACACCGGCCUCCGUGUCACGAAGUGGCCAGAAUCUUCUUUGCCAUCGCUUAGCCAUCACCGCCAGGCAGACCAUCGCAUACGCAAGCCCUGACUGGCCUGGCGAUACGUACAUAAGGUAUAUAAUAGCAGAGGGCGCAACGCCAGCAUGGCCUCUACCCCAGACCCAACCAAGCAAGACAGCAGCUUCAGCACCAUGUCGCAUGCGGAAGUCGAAGCAAUCGGCGCUCACUGUCAAGCCGCCUUCUGCCGGCAACUCGACUUUCUUCCUUUCAAAUGCGAAAGCUGCAAAGGCUCAUACUGCCUCGACCACCGUACUGAAACAGCCCACGCCUGUCCCAAGGAAGGCGAGUGGGCUCGCAGACGAGCAGAAGCGAAUCGCGGCCCUCCAACGACAACAACAGGCUUCAAAGGCCCCACAAAACCGAGCAUCCUCUCCCACGAACAACAAUGUUCCGAUCCGUCCUGCAAGACCCUCAUCAACACACCCCUCGUGACAGGCGUGCACUGCGACAAAUGUCGACGAUCCUACUGUCUGAAACACCGCUUCACCUACGAGCACAAUUGCGAGAACCUCACUCCUCUGGGAACAGGGAAGAAUGGCCAACAAACACAAAAGGAGAAAGGAAUGGCAGCGCUGGACAAGUUAAAAGCUUGGGGACUAUCCAAGAAAGCUAGUCUGCCCACACCCAAGGUCCCACAAACGCCAGCAAGGAAGAGUGCCGCAGCUUCCGUCACGGCCAUUAACACUCUGAAGAGGACUGCUAAAGGCGACGACAAGAUCCCUCAAGACAAGAGGCUAUAUCUAUACGUAGAAGCCAGUUCGGAUACGAUAACCGCGAAGAUACCAAAGGGAAAUUUCUUCUACAGCUCGGAAUAUUCCGUAGGCAGAGUCUUGGAUCUUGCGGCCAAGAGCUUGCAGGUGCAAAAUGUUAACAAUCGGUCUGAGAGCGAGGAGGAUAAACUCCGAGUGUUUCACGUAGAAGGCGGUACGCUGUUGGACUUUGGGGAGAAACUGGGGCAGCGUGUGACCACGGGCAAUACCAUCGUUUUGCUGCGAGGAGUAGGGAGUGGGAUGGCAAAGACCCCGGAGCAUACAGCGUAACGCUAAUUUCUGCACGGACUUUAUUGCUGCUGCUGCUGAUUAUGAUGAUGAUGGAUGUACGGACCCUUCCGCUUUCAGCAGGUCCGCUCCAGUACAGUUUAUGGUAUGCUGCAUCCAUCUCGGGCCGGGUGAACUUCUUUUGCUUCAGCCAACCACUUCUUGACUUCAUGGACCCGCUCUUCCUUAAAAUGGCUACAAAUCUAUUCCUGCUGCGCCUCCCUGGCAAGCUGGUACACCUUAUGGUCUACCUGCGGUACUCCAACAUGUCCAGAGUCAGCACUGGCAAAAUUCUCGUUCUGCUCCACCUCUCUGGUCAGCUGGCACAAACCACGGCAUGGUACCAGUACUCCAUACAUUAUGGCUAAGAGUAAGCAGCUAUGGGAUCACUCGGAUGCGGACGCACAGAAGACUCAAAUAUGAAAAUUUUCGUCCUUCUUUCUCUCUUCUUCUUCAUCAAAUCAAUCUUACGACAGCACAGCACACGCUCUGCACGAUUUCGUAAACCAAAGACAUCCUUCACAAGAUGUGCCCUCCUCAACGCUCCGACACUCCUGCUUCGACCCCGCCCACGAUUGUCGAUCUUGCCAU